AUGGCGUAUAACGGCCUUACGGUGCCUCUCAUCGUAACGAACGUGUUCUCGGGCUCUGUCCGCUUCUGCGUGCUCUGGUUCAUCCCUAAGGGUCCCAACCGGGGAGUUACCAUCACCAUGUUGGUAACCUGUUCAGUUUGCUGCUAUCUCUUUCGGCUGAUUGCAAUUCUGGCCCAACUCAACCCUCUCUUUGGACCACAGUUGAAAAAUGAAACCAUUUGGUACCUCAAGUAUCAUUGGCCUUAAGGAGGAAGACCUGCUCUCCAGGGCUCCAUCAUUGAGGUCACGAGGAGAAUUCCUCUAGAUGCAAAAUCAACUCC